CGCACUUGACAUUCUACCGGUAGAUGGCGUAUCCAGAAUGUCACAAUAGCAGACGGAAAACAACAAUGUGACCGUGAGCCGAGAAGCAAACGCUGUUUUCAUCUUUGCUGGUCAGACGGUCGCGGGAGUUCUGAAAGUGAAUAGACGUGUCGAAAAGUGCUUAAAAAUCCACCCCCCCUUCUCUCUACAAAGCGCCACUCCCCCGCUCCUGCACAGACAAGGAAAGAGCCCGGCACCAGGCCGAUCCCGCCCGAUCCUCCCCCCCUCUAGAGCCAUGGGCUCCCACGUGAACAACACGCUACCGCCGAUCUUCAUGAAAAGAGAUGAGAACACCACCUUUAAGAACAUGAAAUCCGAUCAAAUCUCGUCAAUCGUAAAAGAGCUCGAACUGAAAUACGGCCGCUUCGACAAAGUCUCAAUCGCACAAGGAGGUGACCUAAUCAUCCGCCCCUCCUCCACCAAACAACAAGAAGAACUACUGAAAACCACAUCAGUCCUGAACGACAGCAUAGAAGUUUCCUGCUCACUCCCAAAUAGUUACACUAAGCAGAAAAUGGUUAUAAGACAAGUUCCGACAGGCGACACUAACGAAGACAUCCACCAAGCGCUCAAACAAAAAGGAUACAAGGUAACCAAUGUCCACCGCUUCACCACCACCAAAGGUACAGAAAAACUGCCAUCCACCACUGUCGCCCUAGAAUUCGAAGGUCCUCCCCCACACGAAAUCUUCCUCAAUGGCCUAGUCUUCCACCCUGAAACCCAAAGACCCAAUCCCCUCAGAUGCAAGAGAUGUCAGAAGAUAAGUCACACCGCUAACUACUGCAGCAACGAAGAGGUAUGCCCAAACUGUGGGAAGCCUCACGAAGACAUGACCAAAUGCUCCGCACCCCCAAAAUGCGUCAACUGCAACAACAACCAUCCCUCAAGCUCACCCAACUGCCCCAAGUUCUCACAGAUGAGAGCUAUCUCCCGAACCAUCAACGAUGGACGUCCUCAAAUAGAUGAACAAAAAUCCACCUACAGCCAAGCAGUCAGGAGAAACCUGCCCAACACAGAAACAAACCCGGAGGCAGAGAUACUAAAAGGCCAAAUCCUGGCCAUCCAAGCAGAGAUGACCCAACUUAGAACGGAACGGGAGAAAAUCAGAACACUAGAAAAAAAAGUCGACGGCCUCGAAGACUCGGUCAACCAGAUCCAAAACACCCUAUCCAACCUCAAUAAAGGACAAAGCUCAACAAACAACAAAUUAGACAAACUGAUAGGUCUAAUCCAAAAUCUCCCCUCGCUAGCAGAUACAGGCGACACCAUGGAAGGGGAUCACCAAGAAGAGCCGAGCGUUACCAUGGAAGAAGACCAUCACGAAGCACCAAACCCCCCUAACCCAAGAGAAAAGAACAAACAGCCAAUCCAAACCCCCAAGACCCCCCAAGACAAGCACACCAACCCGUACCUUAAAAGACUCCAAAACAAAAACAACUUAGCAACCCUACCACCCAGCAAAUCCAAAUGA